UAUUGAUUGGCCGGCGGUCGGGACGAAUGGCGCCAUACGAAACUGUGUGGACGCCACACCGCCAUAUUGGCAGGGGCUGAAAGUAGACGUCUGCAAUUCGGCUGCUGCUGCUGAUCGAAUUCUCACCGACAAUGGUUGGCACAUGUGCAGCGCCUGGUUGCAAGAACCGUGUGAAACAGAAAUCUGGAAUUACAUUCCACAUGUUUCCGAAGGGUGGUGGUUUGCGUGAAGCGUGGGCGCGCGCUAUUCGGCGGGACGAUUGGGCUCCUAAGGACAGUGACCGUCUGUGUUCCGUACACUUCAAGGCCGAAUGCUUCGACAGAACUGGUCAGACGGUUAGAUUACGAGCUGGGAGCAUGCCAACGUUGUUCCCAGCAGCGCAGCUGUUGACCACUAAUAAAUCGAAGAAAAUCACUCCAAGUAAAAGACAGCAUCGAUGCCAGGUACAAGCAAAGGCCAAGCUGACUUCAAGCAGCAGUCACAAACAGAAGGUAGUGAGGACACUAAAGGCACAUGGCAGGGCAACUCGGGCAGCCACCAAAGUCCAGGAGAAGAAAGCUGUUGACCAAGCAGCUAAGCAAUCGAAAACAAAGGAUGCCGGCACCAACACAACAUCUCUUGGGGAGGACGUGCCAGCCGAGGCUGGAGCUUCAAGCUCGAAUGGCCAACCACUGCCUAAAAAACAACUGUUCCAGUUGCGACACGAGGCCAAAGAUCAAUCUACUGGUCAAGCCAAGGGCAGUGAAGAUACUGGCACCAGUCAGCCAGCACCAGUCGAUGUUGAGGAGCCAGUCAAUGGUUCUAAAAGCAAGGGCCUAGAGCCGGACAACAUGUCGAACUGCUCCGGUGAGCCAGAGGAAUGUCAUGCCAUUGACCGAACGGUGAACCGGGACCUCGAGUCUGGAGAGCCAGGACCUGAAACGACAGCCGUGGGAGCAUUAUUUCUGCACACAUACUGCGGCGAGAGGACCGAGCCAAACGAGGUGGUGCGGCUCAAGAAAUUGCUCCAGAUUGCUAAGCGACACCUCGCACUGGCCGAUCGGAAAAUGAAGCGCAAGUCGGAGGCAUUCAAUGAACUGCUGACUGCCAACAAGGAGCUCAAAUUUCAGCUGUCACUGGCCCAGCGGCCAACGCAGCAGCAGUUUUCAGUGAGUGAGCGGCUGCCCCAGGAGCUACUACGUGAUUGGCACGAAAAUGCUGGACGCGUGCCACACGCACGACGCUACAGCCCCACGACGCUGCGCUUCGCUGCCGACCUGCAUGCCUGCUCACGCACUGCUUACGAACAUGUGGCCCGCUGGCUGCCCAUGCCCACGCUGUACCUGGUGCGACGCCACAAUGCCAUGUCUUCUUCUGGUGACAGCAGCCAGGAAAGUGGUGUUCACACUGCAGUCACAGCACCCCGCAGUAAAGGCGAGACCGCUCCAGCAGGACCCCAAAUCACCACUGUGCCAGCAAGCAGGUUUGCAAGCUCUGUGCCUCGCAUCCGAAAGCUGGCAGCUGGGUUUCCAUCAGCAGCCUCAAAGCCAAAUGCUUCAACAUUCCCUCCAGUGCAAUCUACAGCGAAAUUAGAAAAGCCUCCAGUGAUGCAGGCCAGUCAUAAUGCACCCGCUGUCUUUGUCAUAAACAAUGCAACACCACCAGCAAUGGCAACGCCCCCUGAAGCAGCUGUACUACCCGAAAUGGCAACAUCCACAAAGGUAGCCACAUCAUCAGAAACGACUACACUGCCAGAAACAGAGACACAGCUAAGUAUGGACACAGAGCCAGAUACGGAGACGCAACCAGAAGUGGAGGCACAAUAAAUGGAGACCCAGCUAGAAAUAGAAACACAAUCAGAAACAGAGACAUGCACCAGCAUGACAGAAAGAACCACAGAUCUUCCUGCAACAUGCACACUCACUGCCUUAUUUCUUCCCACAAUGCUUGCAUUGUAAAAUUUGAGCUUUCAUAUGUACAUACCUGAAUUAAAGAGACUGCAGAUAGCGGCAUGUGUGGCUUUGAAUGGCUUACAUCUACGACACACAAAGGGGGCAAAUCAGUUUUUCGGAAGCCCACAAGGGUAGAGGAAGGUUCAUGGAAGGGAAAAUUGUCAUCCACCCGACUGAAGCACAAAGCUACUGAGGAAACACAAAACGAGUUUCUCAGAAAAGAAAGCUUUGCAGCUGAAGAUAUCUUUGUCUUGGUCUGAAGAUUAAACCCAGGACCAACGGCUUUCCGAGGCGGUCGCUCUACCAUCCGAGCUAACCAGAAGGCUAGCAGAUCGCAGAGCGAGGCCAACAAGUCUUCCAUUGCAAUGGGAUAUCGAUUAUUCAUUCAGUAACAUCAUGCUUAAAAAAAAGUUUGUCAACACUGCAAAUCCCAAGCGCUGUUGAAGACAAGAAGGUGGUUAUUUAGUAAAACUGCUUUUCCUGUGGGUUGGAUGACCUCAUGGUAACAACUGUCUGCAAUAAAAUGUGCAGUAUUUUUUUUU